CAUAAAAAUGCCACCAAGGAUCACGAAAAAAUCGAAAACUAAAAAACAAAAAUCUGCGAUACCCCAUGAUCUGGAAUUCAUGCUCGGGGAAGAAAUUUCUUCACCUCUGGAUAGCCCUGUUUCUCCAACAGAGGCAGAAUAUUCGCUUAUCACUGCACCACCUCGGGACGUGCUGGCGAAUCUGCGAUUGGUUGGCCUGGCUGGGAACGAUACAUCGAGUGCGACUGGAUCCACUUCAUCAUCCAGCAGUGAUCAAAGGGAUCAACUUGUAACGAGUAUUAAUAAUUAUUCGCGACAAUAUAUGACUAGAUUUGUGCCAGAGGUUAUCCCAGAGGAACCUGAGCCUCGAACAGCACGUGCGAAACCCAAAUCCAAACAAAAAACUACACAAAAGAAAGCAGAACGACCGAUUGAUCAUUUCGAUGACGUAUCGGGAUCUCUUAGUGAUGAAUCAACGAUUAAUGCUGGCGAUCGCCCAUCUUAUGUAGAGAAUAAUCCAGGAAAUCGCGGUAGAUCAUCAGAUAACGAAACCCGUUCUAAUCGUGAUGAUACAAAUGGCUAUCCGAGUCCACAAAAUAACAACUAUUUGGCUCCAGAUAUGACCUAUUCAAGCACGCAAUCCGUUGUUCCGAGCAACACCUCCGGGAAUGCUUCAAAGUCAUCAAAGACUAAGAAAUCCACCGGUUCAGUUAGACGCAAGAGUUCACCCCCGAAGAAAAAUACCUCGGCUGGCCCCAAAACCCAAACAAGGCAAACCAUUGGCAACGAUCGGGACGUUAAACUGCUGCAGAACAUCGCACGUCUCCAGGCCAGUACCGAAUGUUUGAUUCCGAAGCUUCCCUUUGCCCGAUUGAUCCGGGAAACCAUGCAGAUGUACUGCGGGCGCGAUCUGCGGAUAACCCCCGAGUGUCUCCAGUGUCUGCAGGAAGCGGCCGAAAUCUACGCCGUACAGGUCAUGGAAGAUGCCUAUCGGUGUACGUUGCACCGCGAUAGGAUAACGCUCACGGCCAAGGAUAUGAAGCUGGCUUUGCUACUGCGUAACGAUAGUGUGAUGAUGAAUAUGUAGAGGUGUUGUCAGAUAUUUGUUUAUGCUCGCUAGGCGAGUUUUUAUACUGUUUGAAUGUUCAAGGAAGAUUGUUUAAUAUAUUGCAUGAUCAAUUGUGAAAAUAAAUAAUUUUAUAUAUUCCAUUA